GUUGAGUCAGGGAGUGAGCCAAAAUGAAUUGUCACAAACUCAGCAUCCAGUUGCCCAUAAGAACGCUCGCAUGGCUUUUGUAUUGCGCCAUAAACGUUUCGCUGCUCGUAACGCCACAACGCUCGACGUUUCGCAGCGGCUUUGCUUUCGCUUCUCUUCUCGCGCGUAAAGCGGUCUCCCCAAAAAAAAAAAUAGAAAAAAAAAAAUAUAAAGGAAAACCCCCUCUGUAGACAGACAAAACUCAAAGUCUCCAACGACUCAAAGCGCCACAGUCGCUGCCGCUCUGCCGCCGUUUCUGUCGACGCCGCUGCCCGCGCUGGCAGCAAGAAUUACCAAUUACACGAAAUUUUUAUACUCUUUUAAAAAUUUCGUUUUAUUAUAAUAUUUAUUAUCGUGGCGCGCAGUAGUGUCUGCGGAACUCAGCUCUCCACUCUUUGGAAUUUCGGCCCUCCGAUUCCGAUUCGGAUUAUACGAUUAUACGACUAUACGACUGUAGUGCGGCUAUACGAUUCAGUUUCCGAUUCGCCGUGUUUAUUGUUCCGUUUCGGCCGCCGGCUUAUUGUCACUUUAGUGUUAUAGAUCGCGUAAAAUAUAAUAAAAUUGUGUGUGAAAUUCAGAACCGAAAAAACUGUCAAAACACUACGGUUUAUAACUCUCUGUGUGCGGUUCGUAAAAAUUAAAAAGACAUAAAGUUGACAUCGUAAAAAGGUUCUCGCCUUUCCGUUCCAGACUUCGAUAGUUCUACCUGCAAAGUGUUUUAUGGUAUUUUAAACAAAGUAAUUAAAGCAAAACGUUGGGAGAAAGCAUUUCUCCGGCCACACACACUCACGCACUUGAGAAGUCGUUAAAAUCCGCAGGAAAACUCACUCUGCCAUAAAAAUACAAGAGUGCCAUUAAAAAAGAUCGCGCGCCUAUAAAUCACACAUACGAAAUCCCGCCGGCACGACGUCCAUUCGAAUUUCCGCGUAAUUGAUGACCGCAUUUUAAUUGCUUUAACAACAAAUAAAAGAUACACACACCCCAAACACACACAUGCGACACACACACUUGUGCCACAGCUGCAAAAACAACGUAACCCGAGACCAUAUGCAAAUUUAACAAAUUUCGUUGUGAAUUCGCCAGCUUCGAGCGAAAAAAGUAACAGAAACAGAAAAGCUGCGAAUACAAGCUGCUCGCCAAAAGUUCGCUAGAGAAAACUUGAGAAAGCCAUUAACCAAACGACUCAGAUAAAGAACUCAAAUCAUUCGAACUCAGAAAUCUCCGAAACUAAAAUAGAACAACAAGUGGACUAAACGAAAUUCCGAAGAUCCGAUCCUCGGCCAGAGAGCAAAAUAUGUGCAAUGUCAAAAUUUGUUUUCGAUAGUAUGCUGCCAAAGUAUCCACAGUUCCAGCCGUUUAUCAGUUCGCACCACUUAACCACCACCCCCCCGAAUUCGUCAUCUGCAGCAGUUGCCGCCGCCCUAGCCGCCGCCGCCGCCUCUGCCUCCGCCAGCGUUUCAGCCAGCAGCAGCAACAACAACAGCAGCAACACGAUCGCUGGAAGCAACACAAGCAACACCAACAAUAGCAGCAGCAGUCCAAGCAGCAGCAGCAACAACAACAGCAAUCUCAAUUUGAGCGGAGGAUCCCUAUCGCCGAGCCAUUUGAGCCAACAUCUGGGCCAAUCGCCCCACUCACCCGUAUCCUCAUCGUCGCCCUUCCAGCAGCACCACCCACAGGUGCAGCAGCAACACCUGAACCACCAGCAGCAGCAACAUCUGCACCACCAGCAGCAGCACCACCACCAAUACUCCUCGCUCUCGGCCGCUCUUCAGCUACAGCAGCAACAACACCACAUUAGCAAACUAGCCGCCGCCGCAGUUGCCUCGCACGGGCACGCCCACCAGCAACUGUUGCUAACGCCCCCGUCAGCGGGCAAUUCUCAAGCGGGCGACAGCAGCUGCUCCCCAUCGCCCUCGGCGUCCGGUAGCUCCUCGCUACACCGCAGCCUCAACGACAACUCUCCCGGCUCCGCAUCUGCGUCCGCCUCCGCAUCCGCGGCCAGUUCCGUCGCUGCUGCUGCAGCCGCCGCCGCCGCUGCGGCUAGCUCCUCGUUUGCUAUCCCCACCAGCAAGAUGUACCCGUACGUUUCUAACCACCCUAGCAGCCAUGGAGGGCUAUCCGGAAUGGCCGGCUUCACCGGACUGGAGGAUAAGUCGUGCAGCAGGUACACGGACACCGUCAUGAACAGCUACCAGUCGAUGAGCGUACCUGCCUCGGCAUCUGCACAGUUCGCUCAGUUCUAUCAACAUGCCACAGCCGCCGCAUCCGCGGUAUCCGCUGCCAGUGCCGGCGCGAUCGGCGUGGACUCUCUGGGAAACGCCUGCACACAGCCCGCCUCCGGCGUGAUGCCAGGGGCAGGGGGAGCUGGCGGAGCCGGUAUAGCCGAUCUGCCCCGGUAUCCGUGGAUGACACUUACAGACUGGAUGGGAAGCCCCUUCGAGCGUGUCGUUUGUGGCGAUUUCAACGGCCCCAACGGUUGUCCCCGAAGGCGCGGUCGUCAGACCUACACUCGCUUCCAGACCCUCGAACUGGAGAAGGAGUUUCACUUCAACCACUACUUAACUCGGCGAAGGCGUAUCGAGAUCGCACAUGCCCUCUGCCUGACCGAGCGACAGAUCAAGAUCUGGUUCCAGAACCGGCGCAUGAAGCUGAAGAAGGAGUUGCGAGCCGUCAAGGAAAUAAAUGAACAGGCGCGACGCGAUCGCGAGGAGCAGGAGAAAAUGAAGGCCCAGGAGACGAUGAAAUCCGCCCAGCAGAACAAGCAAGUGCAACAGCAGCAGCAACAGCAACAGCAGCAGCAACAACAGCAGCAGCAACAGCACCAGCAGCAGCAACAACAGCCGCAGGACCACCACUCGAUCAUCGCACACAAUCCAGGCCACUUGCACCACUCGGUGGUAGGUCAAAACGAUCUCAAGCUUGGCCUUGGCAUGGGCGUGGGCGUAGGUGUGGGCGGCAUCGGGCCGGGCAUCGGUGGCGGCUUGGGGGGCAAUCUAGGCAUGAUGAGCGCCCUAGACAAGAGCAAUCACGACCUGCUAAAGGCGGUCAGCAAGGUCAACUCUUAAGCUGAUAACAACCCAUCGCCCAGCCGAGCCAACGAGCCAAUCUUCCACCAGCCGCACCACUAGCACCACCACCGCAGCCACCGCCAGGAUCAGCGUCCGGCGUUAUUUUUCGUCUCCUCGUCUGUGUAGCGCGCGAGAAAGCAAGCAGAAGAUAAACUCGAUAACUAAAAUACGUAAAGUUUUACAUAGUAAAUAGUUGCAUAAGUCUACAAAAAACAUACAUACACGCAAAUGGCUGGGUGCGAUGGCUUAGAGGCAAUUAACUGGACCGGGUUUUAUUGCUGUGGAUCGACGCUUUCUGAGGUUUCCCCAAUUGCAGUGGCCUAUUUGAUAGAGCAACGCAUGCGAUUCCCUUCCAGAUCUCCAGUGGCAAUUUGUGUAUUCGACAUUUCUUCCAUACUUUCGCUUUUGCAACCCCUAAAUCGGCAAUUCAACCCCCAGUGCAGAGUCUCUGGGCCAACGGGCCCAAUUCGGUAAUAUUAAUGGAUAACUUGAACUACUUAGAAUAGCGGCAAAUGCCUAAGGAAGAAGUUAGCAGGAGACGCGAUCUAUAUAAAUGAAUAUUGACGAAAUGAGCGAUUUUUGAUAGUCAGAGAACUCCGUUGCCCACCAUCAAACAACUUCCAAUGGAAGUGGUUUUGGGGAAGGCAACUUGACGGAUUCGAGUGUAAAAUUAUUUGCGACUGCUGUAGGAUAACCUAGUUCGAUAUUUAGAGCCACGUUCGACUAUGUUAAACGGUAUAUGAAUACAUAAAUAUAUGGAUAUGCUUACAGAUUAAAGAUACUUACCUAUAGAGUUAUAGAGCGUACGUUUUAUAUCCACCUAUUUAUUGGAAAUUUAUGUUUAUGUUUUAAAAAAAAAACCCCUCUUCCAAUGUUUUGUUAAGUGAUGUGUUUACUGUGUGUUUGCUGUAUUUCGUUGUAUGCCAACGCUUGAAUACAAUGAUUUCUUCAAUGCCAUAUUAAUCUUAACUCGAGAGCAAGUAAACAAUUAAGCAGCUAAAGUAAAGUACGCAAAACAAUUGCGCAAGUAUUUCCAUAAAUACCAGUUGUAAGAACAAACGGUAUGCAACAUACCUAAAAGCAUAAUCACGAUUUCAAAUACGUAAUAUUAAUAAUGAGAAAUGAAACAGAAAUGGAGUAAGACGGAGCUGAGAAAUUAAAUGUCGUUUGCCAGUGACUAAAAUUUUAAAUUAACUACCAUUAAGCGAAGAACUAAAUAGGCAUCGCUUGAAAGGCCUACAAAGCUACAAAAAAAAAAAACAAACAGAAAUGAAACUCUGAAAUACGUAUUAGCUUAAGGUUGCAACCACAAACAAACUGUCGAAUGAAGGCCAAGAAAGGGGAGGUAUAAAAAUGGAAAUAUUGGCAGAACCCAUAUACGUAGAUUUCAAACUUCCCAAAAUAAAAUUUACCUAGCGUAGUCUCUCGCGGAUUGCAAGUUGAAUAAAGUCAGAAACUCUAUUUAUUAUACAAAACAGAAGUGGAUGGCUUUCACAGCGCGUAUUUACAUAAACAAUUAUUGACAAAUAUAUAUGAAUAUAUAUUACAAAUAUAUACAACUAUGAACUAACAUGUGUAUGUAUAAACACCUAAAUGUAUGUGUAAUUAGUAUGGUUAACACUAAAAGCAGUCGAGUCAAAGUAAAAGUCACCUUUUGCCCAAAACCAGACACCACCAAAAAUAAGCAUCCCCAACCAGCGCUCAUGUUUUUUCUCGAUGGGAUCCGUACUAUCCUACUGUCCUUUGUUUCUCAAGUCCCACUGGUCGAGUGAUAUUCCCGGGUGGCGACAACCUUUUGCCUUGUUUCACGGCCAGAUUGAAGGAAACUGAGUGGUUUCUGUUCCUGUUCCCGCUUCAGUUUUGGUUUUUGUUGCGUUUCAAUUUGAUUUAAGUUAAAUGUUUAGUCUUAUUUGGACGGCCUAGCAAAUUAGAGCGUAAAUCAAUAUUUUGUUUGAACCCUAAUGCUAAAACUUCUGUUAAUUUUACUUUAAGUUUAGUUGUGACGAAUUGUGUAUUAUAUAAUUUUAUGCGAUUUUAAAAUGAAUGCGAAAAAAUUAAAAACACCGUUGUUUUACUCCGCCUGGGAAACAAUUGCAACAAGAACCCAUCCAUACGCUGACCUUUUCGAUGAGGUCCAAAAACUUCAAAUCAAAUUUAAUAUUAGCUAAUGUCUAAAUCUAAAGAACAUAUAUACGUAGAAUCAAGGCGAUACUAUUUAUUAACCAACCAAGUUUACUCACUCAGCCGAAAAUAUUCGGAGAUUGCGAUAGUUGAAGAACCCGCAUAUACGUAACUGAAUUAUAUUCGAACCUAAAAAAUCCUAAUAUUAGACCGACCGAAACCGAUCGACGGGCUCCAAAAUAUUUGCCAUCGUAUUUGUACAUAAAACUGCAUGACACCUAUUUAUGUUAAGAAAAUGCAUAAAACCUAGAAAGCAUACUUCGUUUGCGUGCAAACAGAUUUCAGCCAAGGGGAUUAAUAUAUAUGAAACUAUGAGCAAACCCGAAAAAAAGGGAAAUUAAAAAUAACGUUAGCAUAAGCGAACAACUGCAGUGAAGAACUAAUAAAUAAAUAAAA